GUAAGCGAUAUAAAAGCCGAAACACGCUCUCUUUCAUCAAAGCCUUCAAAUCCUUCGAAUCCAUAACGCAGAAUCAUGAGGGCCUUGAUUCUUUUAGGCACCGUUUGCCUGUUCUUCAGUCUUAGUUCGGCAGCUACUAAGAACGAGAAAAAGCAGGAGAAACGAGGAAUUUAUGGCCUUGGUGACCACGGUUUCAGUGGCGGUGAUUUCCAGGGGGGCGCCGAAUUAGGAUAUGGCGGAGGCGACUACGGAGGCCACCACCAGCACCACGAAGAGGUCAAGACCGUUGUGGUAGAAAAGAAGGUACCGGUGCCAGUAACCGUUGAAAAACACGUACCCUACACCGUGGAGAAAAAGGUUCCUUACGAAGUCAAAGUACCAGUGCCACAACCUUACAUCGUAGAGAAGAAAGUACCAGUACCUGUCAAGGAAUAUAUCAAAGUACCCGUUCCUUUCCCUCAACCUUACGAAGUUAUCAAGAAGAUUCCAUACGAAGUUAAGGUACCAGUCCCUAGACCAUACGAAGUCAAAAUCCCGGUACCUCAGCCCUACACCGUCGAAAAGAAAGUACCAUACCCAGUAAAAGUACAUGUACCAGAACCCUACAUCGUCGAAAAGAGGGUUCCGAUACAUAUAGAAGAGAAAAUACCCGUACCACAACCCUACAUCGUCGAGAAGAAAGUACCUUACGAAGUGAAAGUUCCUGUCGACAGGCCCUAUCCCGUGCACGUGCCCAAACCAUACCCAGUCACUGUCGAAAAACACAUCCCAUAUCCAGUCGAAAAACCAGUACCAUACGAAGUCAAAAUCCCCAUUGACAAACCAUAUCCAGUCGAAGUACCAAAGCCUGUGCCUUAUCACGUAAAAGUACCAGUACCACAGCCGUACGAAGUUGAAAAGAAGGUACCAGUCGAGAUUGAAAAACCAGUACCAGUGCCAGUUCAUGUACCAGUCGAGAGGCCCGUGCCCAUCGUGAAAGAAGUACCAUAUGCGGUAGAAAAAGAAAUACCUUAUCCAGUCAAAGUACCUGUGCACGUUCCUGUUAAGAUUCCAGAACAUCACCACCAUCAUCAUUACUAACCAACGUUCUAGUACCUACUCUAGUUAUAUUAUUAUGUAAAUAAAUAAAUUUAUUGUUGCCGGUUGCCGAAGAUUCGACGUAUCUGUCUGAAUGUAGAAAUAAUAAAUAAAUAAAGAAAACGAGUCAGACAAAUACAAAGAUCGGAUGCGACCGCGCAUAGUGAAAGCCUUGCUGUGUUACCUGCACGACUAUUACAUACACCUAAUUAUUUCCUCGAUAUUAAAUUGCUUUAUGUGCAGUAUUACGUAUUAAGAGAGUUACUGUGUGUUAAUUUUGUCUAUUUUGUAAUAAAUUAUCUUUAAAAAUAAA